CAACUCUCCCCGAUAUACGUCAGAUAGGGCGAUAAACAGAUGUUUGUGAAAAAACAAAUUGAACAAAUAGUGAAAAGUUAAAUGCGACCGUUAAUAGCGACCACGUCACAUUUUGUCGGCAAAAAUGAGAGUUUGGGUAGCUUAUAGUGCAGCUGCACUCUUGCUGUUGAUGCAAGCGGGUCCGGAAAGCAUCAGUGGACAGGAGGUGCCCCAAAGCAACACAUCAAGCAACUCCACCACGACAGAUAAUAGUAACUCUAUCCACACCGUGUCGGAUGUCUUCGCCAACAGUACGCUUAGAAAUAUCCCGCCCUCGAUUGCUGCGCCUGGUAAUGCCAGCACCACGAAGAAGGGAAACGCAUCCACAUUGGUCACAGAUCCGCCUCUAAUCGAUUCCCAUGCUGUCGAGCAGGAGCACAACUCCUCACUCUCACUCUUUUUCGUCAUUUGCGUGAUCAUGUUGGGCAUCCUGCUUAUCCACUCUAUGCUCCAGACCGGGUUCCAGUACCUGCCGGAGAGCAUUGUGGUAGUCUUUCUGGGCGCCUUUAUUGGCCUUUCGCUGAACGUCAUGUCUGGGCAGAAUGGCAGUUGGAAACGCGAAGAGGUCUUCUCGCCCAUGGGCUUUUUUCUGGUGCUCCUGCCGCCCAUUAUUUUCGAGUCCGGGUACAAUCUGCACAAGGGAAACUUCUUUCAGAACAUCGGAUCCAUACUGGUCUUUGCCAUAUUCGGUACAACGAUUUCUGCACUGGUCAUCGGGGCAGGGAUUUACCUGCUGGGCUUGGGGGAGGUGGCAUUUCGCCUAAGCUUCUCGGAAUCCUUUGCCUUCGGUUCACUCAUCUCUGCUGUUGAUCCUGUGGCAACAGUGGCAAUUUUCCAUGCUCUUGACGUAGACCCCAUACUCAACAUGCUGGUAUUCGGCGAAAGCAUCCUCAACGACGCCAUAUCUAUUGUGCUGACUGCAUCUAUCACCCAAUCCGCUAACGUCAAUGCUGAGGCCAGCACUGGAGAAGCCAUGUUCAGCGCGUUGAAAACCUUUUGCGCAAUGUUCUUUGCUUCGGCGGGCAUUGGAGUCAUAUUUGCAUUAAUAUCGGCUCUCCUUCUGAAGCACAUCGAUUUACGAAAACAUCCAUCCCUCGAGUUCGCGAUGAUGCUGAUGUUUACUUACGCACCUUACGUCUUGGCAGAGGGAAUACACUUAAGCGGUAUUAUGGCUAUACUAUUUUGCGGAAUCGUCAUGUCCCACUACACGCAUUUCAACCUAUCCACUGUUACUCAAAUUACAAUGCAGCAGACGAUGAGGACACUAGCCUUCAUUGCUGAGACCUGCGUGUUUGCUUAUCUGGGAUUAGCAAUCUUUUCUUUUAAACACCAAGUUGAACUAUCUUUUGUUAUAUGGGCCAUUGUGCUUUGCUUGAUUGGCCGCGCCUGCAAUAUUUUUCCACUUGCGUUCUUGGUCAACAAAUUUCGGGAGCAUAAGAUCAAUAACAAGAUGCAGUUCAUUAUGUGGUUUUCUGGCCUACGCGGAGCGAUUUCCUACGCGCUAUCUUUGCACUUAAAUCUUGACAGUCAGGAGAAACGACACGUCAUCAUAACAACAACAUUAAUCAUUGUGCUGUUUACCACGCUAGUGCUGGGGGGCUCCACAAUGCCGCUGCUAAAGUACCUCAAGCCCGGAAAAAAACGGCGCGCACGCGGCCCUGGAAGGAAUACCGCUGAGGAGGGAGGACGACGCAACGGCAGCGGUCGGAAGCGUUCAAAAUCUAUUUCCCUAUCGAAAACUCGCGAAUGGGGCCAGGCAAUCGACUCUGAACACUUGUCUGAACUCACAGAGGAAGAGGACGUCACCUUUACUCAAGCGCGGGAUCGCUUUGGACGCAUGGAUCGCAAGUACUUUAUUCCGUUUUUUACACGGCGGUUCAAUAGUCAGGAAUUGCACGAGUGCAAGUCACAGAUGGCCGACCUGACCAACAAGUGGUACCAAGCUAUUCGAGUGAGUCCAUUGGAUUCAGAUGAAUCGGACGAAGAGAUAGGGCUAGCGGCCAGCACAAGUCAAAUUCAUUUGACACGGUCGUAGGAAUUAAAUAGCUGUUGUGGGGAGCUCUGUAUCUGUGACGGACUUUGGAGGCCAAAGGGAACGAUCGUAUCUAAUGCUUAAGUUCCUCUAGUUAAUGUUUUUAGAGUUUUUAUUUAUAUAGCGCGGUGAUGGUUGUUAUCUUGUGUAUAUUUUUUGUUUACAAAUUUUCAUUUUGUAAGAUCCAAAUGCAAUGAUUCAUUCGUAAAACGGUAGCUCCUUUAUUAAUCCGCUUAAUGCAGUAUUAUAUUGCACACGACAACUGGUCUUCAAAAUGAAAAUUUGGACGUCACAAAAGCACACUACGUCAGUAGUUUAAGUUACAAAUAUUUAUUGAUACGAUUAUAUGCUGUAUUUGUGAUUUUGUACAUUUUUGAAACCAAAUAAAUAUCUAAGUGUGGUACGUAUAACAAAA